CAAGAAAAAACAAAAGAUUUGGUCGGAAAAAAAGGUGGUAAUGGGGAAAAGGUUGUCGGAAUCGGGGGUGGGAAUAGGCGGAAUGGUGGCAAUAGCGAUGGUAGCGGCGGUGCUGUUGGUGGGACCGCUGGUGAUGGGGCCCCUUACUCCGCCGUCUCCUCCGCUUCUGCUUUUCUUCCCCGUCGUCUUGCUCUUUGUUUUUCUCUAUCUCCACUUUGCUUCCAAGUAACCCUUAAUAUAUUUAUAUAUAUUUAUAUUUAUGGAUCCCUUGUUGAAUCACCCACAUUAUUAUUUUUAUGAUCCAAUCACCCA